AUGGCCACAUCAUCACCAUCAUCUCCGAGCGGAGGAGGUGCUGCUGCUGUUGAUAACAAUACUCGAGAUUUUUAUCAACAAGUUUCCACAUGGUUAAAUGAAUUCUUUCACUUAACACCUUACACUGAUAUCGAAUAUUCAAUCCGUUCAUCAUCCACGACUGUAUCAUCCAUUUUAACAACAAGUGGAGGUACUGAUGGCUCCUAUACACGUUCAUUUCCAUAUGAACCAACAAAUCGUAUAAGUAUUCCGUCAGCCACGAUAACACCAAUACCGCCAACGAUCACUGAACAGCAACAACAGAAUUUGAAUCAACCAACACCAGCAGUUUAUCGCAGCGGUUAUGUACUUUCACUAAACAUGCUUUGGCUAUCAGUGGAUCAAAAGCUCUACUUAUGGAAAUAUCCAACAAUGGUUGAUUUAAUCGAAUUAGAAUUCGAUGCUAUUGUUCUGGCUUGCAAUUGUGUUCGUCGUCGUAAAUCGACAGCUACGAAUGUCACUAAAAAGCUAUCUCAUUCGACAUCCUUUCUUGGCUCGUGGUUGCCAGCAGUGAUCAGUUCAACACCGAAAUUUCCGCCAACAUUAACUACCAACGAUCUUAUUGAACAUUUCGUUCAUUUACUCAUCAUCUUAACUAGUCAAGACAUAUUGAUCUACACGAUCGAUGAUCAACAAUCGAAUAACGUUCAACGUUGGUAUACAGCACCAACAUUGAAAUAUUCAUUAAAUCAAAUAGGUUAUUUCGAUACACUGGCUACAUCAAAUGAGCGAUUCUUCCUUGGAGGACAAUGCGGCGAUAUCUAUGAAUUUCUAUAUGAAGAUACAAUCAAACCUACAUUGAAUAAACUUGGUCAAACGUUCCUGUCGAAUUUAGUACCAAGUUUUCUUCAGAUUGGUUCAUCAUCACAAGCGAACUCGUCAUCAAUGACCGUCAAACAAAUUACCAUUGAUCAUCAGAAACUGCUCCUCUACGCACGCUUAGCUAAUGAUUCUUUACAUAUCUACGAUAUUACAACUGAUAAAGGUCAACGUUUAUUUACUUAUUCAUUCGAUGAUUUAAUCAGUAAAUUAAAACAAAGACAAACCAUUGCCUAUGAUGAUUAUCGACCUUUUCUCACAAUGUAUACCGUACAACCUUACGAAUCAGAUUUGUUUAAUUUAAUCAUAGUUACACAUACUGGUAUUCGAUUGUAUUAUACAUUAAUUAUGCCGUCAGUUCAAGCAAAUACAAACACAACACAACAACCUCAGCAAUCACGUUUGGAAUUAAUUCAUGUACGUUACCCACCGACAAUACCAAAUUUACCUCAAACAAAUACCCAACAAGCAAUCUUUCGUACAGGUUAUGUUGAUAUGAAUUGUCUAUUUUUGUUUACAACUGACCCGAAUCGUCCACAAACAUUCGGACGAAUGAUUUUACUGAUCAAUUCCGACUCAACAGUAUUAACAUCUACAAUUUUAUUAUCAUCGAAUUUUAACGAUUCAACAUUAAGUCAACAACAACAACAGCAGCAGCAACAGUUUCAGCAACGUUCAACAUCAGAAAUUCAGUCACAGUUGUUCAAUGAAUUGUUUCUUAUUCAAGAACAAAUCUCCUUAUUAACACUAAACAUUGUUCCUUUACAUUUCGAUUUAAGUCAAACACCAACGCACUUACCACGUAUCGGUCCAUUAGCACAAAACUUUCGCUACAUGAUCCAAACCUACGAUUCAAUUGUGACAUUCGAUAUUCCACGAUCGAUUGAACACUUGCGUUUGUUACUUUUCUAUGAUCAACAAAUUCAUUCGUUGUUAAUGAAGCAAUUUUUUACUUAUUAUUCUUUACGUUACUCAUGUUCAAUGAGUUUAGCAUUAACCUUAAAUUCAUUACAAGACAACCAUACAAAUACAACACGUAUCAAUGACGAUCGUCUACGUGAUUUAGCAUUUCAAACAUUUCUUUGGUACUCAAGUUCAGCGUACUUGCAAUAUUUGGAAACACUUCAGCAUCAACAACAACAACAGCAACUAUCACUAGAUCAAUCACGUGUAUAUCAAUUACAACCUCAACAACCAUUCAAUCGUUCGGCAACAAUUAUUCCAUCGAUAUUUAUCAAACAACGCAACUUCUUCGAGCGUUAUAUCAUUCCAUUACGUAUCAAUGCCAUCUUAUUCGUCUUAAGUGACAUCCUUCGUCCGGUAUGGAGUCAAACAUUAAUCGAAUUGAAGUCGUUGUCCAAACAAGACAAAACUGUUUAUUACAUAUUCCACAAAGUUUACGACUAUCAAGAAAUCAAACUUUUAUUAAAACAGUUGCAAUUCUUUUUGAAAAAAUUAGCACCGCACAUGUGUUGCACAUGGUCAACCAAAGACGAUCUACCUGAAUACAAUGAACAAUUAGCACAGAGAAUCUAUGCACAACAAAAUCUUCAAGCUCAACCGCAACAACAACAAAUUUCGGCAAUCAACGCAAACAACAAUCUCUAUCUUCGAUCUGCUCUGACUGGACGUCCAGCUGAACAGGUCUUACAACCACAACAACAAUCUAUUCAUCAUGCUCAUAGUUAUCCAAACAUUUCAAACUAUGCACAAUCACCAUUCGGCAAUCCAAAUGCUUUGAAUACAUCUUUAACGGGUGGUAUUAAUCCAGCUGCUGAUUUUACUCUGUCAUCUCCAUUGCCACCGGUUGCAUCGACUGGUUCACUGUUUAGCUCUUCAAUGCAAAAUCUGGCACCAACGUCCAGUACACUUUUUCCUAGUACUCCAACACCGUUUCAACCAGCGUCAACGCUAACAUCCAAUCCUACAAAUACAAAUCAACAGUAUUUUCUUUCGGCUACGUCAUUAUCAUCCAUAACUGAUCUUCUGCAAGAAAUCGAUUAUUACCGAACAACAUGUCACAUGAUUGAACGGUUGAUUGAGUUAUUAUCGCUUUGGCAAAUAAUUAACGAACAUCGGACAGAUAUGUUAAUUGAACGUUUACCUGAAUCAUAUUUAAGUUUAUUCAAUGGUACAAAUGGUCCGUUUACAGUUCGAACAUUACUUGAUUUGGAUACUCUCUUUUAUGACACCUUAGUUGCUGCUUUGUUAACAUCCUACGAACAAAAUGAGGCAAUAUUUGAUCAAUUAAUGGGCCGUCUUGUUGAUGAGUGUCCCAAAUUAUGCCCAAUUGAAAAAUUAAUUCUCUACAAAGUUGAUUUAUUUCUCAAACCAUCAUCUACCUCAUCAACGUCAUUGAACGACCAACAUCAACGUUUGAAACAAGCAUGUCAAUUAUACAAACAAGUUUGCGAUCGAGUCAAUAUCACAUCAUUCGCCAUGACAUUGUAUACAUUUCGUAUGUACGAUGAACUACUCGAUCUUUGUGUUACAUCCGGUUCGAAACGUGAUCCAUGCAAUCAAGCACUGAAUUACUAUUAUGGACAAUUGGAAGAGCAACAACAAUUUCUUGACGUCUAUCAACGACGUUCGGAAUGCUAUCAAGCUCUCAUUGACAUACUUGAAUUACUGUAUCAACGCGACGGUGAAAAUACCUUGAAGACUACGGAUGGAAGUUUGACGUUGAAUGAAUUUAUUCGUCAUUGUCUAUCGUAUGAUGAUGAAUUUCUUCAUGUGAAAUUACUCGAUUGGAUGAUGAAUAAGCAGUUUAAUGAAAAAAUUAAAUCCUUUCGACAAGUUACACCAUACUUAGAACGUUUCAUACGUUUUCGAUUGAAAUUAACCAAUUUCAAUGAUUAUAUCACCUUAGACGUAGCCAUUGCUGUUCUUCAAGUCGUUAAAGAUUACACAACACUGUGUCAAGUACUUCUCCAUUUGAUUGAUCUAUCAGAUCCACAUGUAACAUUUGCGGAUCGUCUCUGUUAUCUAGCCGAAGCUUUGCAAAUCGCACGCUCAGCAAGUGCAACUUUACUAUCAACAUCCUCAACACCUCAACAAAUCAGAUCAUCCAGUGAUCGACAAUUAGCCGAACUUAUUCCCACGCUCGAACAGCGCUUGCAAACAGCUUUUGUUCAAAAACAAAUCUACACCGAUUUGCAAAUGUACAUGCGUGCAUUAGAAACUCAUACAAUGGUAUCCACAACAACAAAUGAUGAGCUGCAGCAAUACAUUCAACAUAUUCAAGAUUCAAUAAUCAAAUUAGAUUCGGCAUUAUUCGAUGCGACAGAAUUAUUUGUUGAUUAUGCACAAAAAUACGAACUAUAUGAAUGUCAAUUGUUACUUUUACAAUUGGAUGGUAAUGAAGAGCCGACGAUUCUUCAAACCAUUUGGCGACGUUUAUUACGAAAAGAAGUGAAUGAUUUGUUUCCAUCGACGAAUAAUUUAACCAAUGCUGGUAAUUACGACCGUGUUCUUAUGUUACAACAACAUCUGAUCGAACGUUUGAGAAACUGUCGAAAGAAGCGUUUGCGUCUACCAUUGGAUUUUAUUCGUAGUGAACUUAAGCAAAUCGUCUAUACAUUAAACAAUCUGAGUGACAAUGGUGAUGCGAUAUCAGCAGAGGACUUUUCAAAUCGAAUUCUGUCAGAUUUAUAG